AAGAAUCCUGGCUCCAACAGGACCGACAACGUGGAGGAGGGACGAAAUCUGCAGGUUCUGCGAAUUUAACUGACGAUGAACCGUACCUGUGGAAUUCCGUCGAUAAUUUUAAGUGUAAAUCUGUUUCGGCAAUCAGAUAUUUGAAAAAGAAAUUCAAGGUACAUAAAGACGAUUCCAGGGAAAAGCGAUCUCGACAAUUACGAUUAUUAAUAGCACGAUUACAGGUAAUUCAUACGGUUUAAUUUUGAAGGAAUAAAUUAGUACCUGGAAUCAUCUUCUAUGCGUAUUUGCAGAGGACAUGUCCUACUCAGAGGAAGGUAAUUAAUCUAAGCAAAAAGGAACAGCAUCUUUUAAAGUCAUUGACUGAGGCGGAGAAGCGUCAACUUCCGGCAAGCGAUUCAGAUAUCAAAUUUUUAGUGGCUUCUGAUCGCGAAAAACGAAGACUUCUAAUGCACGAAGGACGACGCGAGUUUCUAAUCGGACUCAGAAAAAGGCUGGAGAGAAUGGGAGCCGAUGAAAAAAGGAACAUAACGCUGAAUGAGACGGAAAGAAAUUUUAUAAAAAAAUUAUCUUCCUCCGAGAGAAUGCUUCUCCCGAUCAUGGAUAAAGAUUUAGAACUGCUGGUCAGUAGUCCCUUGGAGAAACGGCAAAUUAUGCUCAAACAAAUGAUUAAUAAGUUUCUCGGAAUUUCUCCCGAGGAUAGGAGGUUUAUCGAGCUUGAUAACGUGGAAAAAAAAUUUCUGAAGGAAAUCGAUGAUUCGGAUAAAGCUAAAUUAGGGAUUACUGAUUCCGAACUACGGUUUCUCGUUGCUUCAAAUUCUCAAAGAAAUAUUAUGCAGCAGAGAUUAGAAUCGAGCGAGAGAGAUAAGCGUGUCGGAAAAAUACGGAAAAAAUUGGCUGAGGUAAAUUACGACGUUUCACGUCUCGAAUUGUCGAAAAGUGAGCACAGUUCCUUCCUCAGUUUGAGUUCCUACGAACUCGCUAAACUCGGUCUUACGCAAGAACACCUGAGAUACUACGCAGCCUCAGAUUCCGAGAGAAAAGUCAUAUGGCCCUCACCCUCGCAGCAUAGGAAUCUGAGGUUGAACACUUUGCAGAAUAAACUUUCGAAGUUACCUUGGAAGGACUGUAGCACUAGAUUAACUUCCUCAGAGCAUACGCUUCUAGCGAGUUUGACACCACGCGAGCAGGAUAAGCUGCACAUAUCGGACUCUGAAAAGAAUUUCAUGCUCUCGACAGAUUCCGAGAAGGAACUGAUCCAAAGACAGCGAAAGAUCGAGUCGCUGGAGGUGAAGAUCAGAGAUUUUAAUACCGUUACUAUGACGGAGAGUGAGAGGGGUUUGAUUUUUUCAUUAUCCCCGUCAGAACUGGAGAUGCUGAAUAUAGAUUCGACAAACAAAUCAUCUUUGCUAGAGAAUGAAUCGCAAAAAUCUCAUUGUGAUGGCAUCAACCGGGAAAUGAUGAUGAAAUCAUUGAAAGAAAAGAUCGAUAAAAAUGGAAAAGUAUAUUUAAAUGAAGAUGAACGCAUUCUCCUCAGCACUUUGACACCUUUCGAAAUGGCAGCGAUGCAUUUAUCGGCAUCUCAGGUAGAUUUUCUGCUAUCAGGAGGUUCAAAGGACUCUGACCAACAAAGAAGAAUGAUGAAAAUUGAUAUGAUCAAAGACAGAAUACACUACAAGGGCAUCAGCGAAGUACAACUGACUAAAUCUGAAAGGGAUUUGAUAGAAUCUAUGACUAAUUGCGAGAUCAAUUCAUCCCAUUUAACUGCUUCCCAAUUAUCAUUUUUGCUCAAAAAGAAAUCCGAAAAAAAAAUUGCUUAUGAAGAGGAAAACUAUGAUCACUACUGCCACCCACAGGCUUCCAGUGCCCAAAAUUGUCACAGUCAUUCCCAUUCUUGCAGUGCUCACUCAGAACAUGAAACUCGAGUAAAUUGUGGACAGAACCAAGCAGAUUGUCGAAAUAAAGUGCAGUUUAAGGAACCUAAUAUUUCCUGCUGUAGGCAAGCAUUAGCUAAAGAUUCAACUGACGAUUCAGAGCUGAGUGAAAGCUAUGACGAGUUGGGGAUGCUGUUUUCACAACAGAUGAAGCAGCAAGCACGACCAUGUCAGCGAAAAUAUUGUCUUUUGGGAAGACAUUUGAAAAAGGGAAGACAACACGAUGAAAGACAGUGUCAAGUAAGGCACCAUUACUGCAGAGGGUAUCCUAGCGAUCAACGACCAUCCUGUAGCAGUGGUACUGUGUGUAAAGAUACCUACAAUGAAUUUCAUUUGAUGCAUGCAGCCCCACAUGAGAAAAAAAAAUUGACUUCUAGGAUCUAUGAAAGCAGAAAACAGUUCUUGCAUCAACCCUGUCAAAGAUGUCGAGGUGCUCCUGAGAAUCGAAUAAUGGAUUCAUGACACGAUAAGGAC